AUGAACACUUCAAGUUCUGCAGAUCCGAAACCGGAUGCGUCACUGUCGAGUUCGAACAGCAAAAUCAAAAAGGAGGAGGAUUUGGAGGCGAUGAAAGAAGCGAUUGCCCAAUUAUUGCAAGGAGUUGAGGAACUGACCCAGGACAAGCUAAAUGAUGCCAAGUCCAGGAAGAAACUUGAAGAAUCUAUGGAGGAACUUAAGUCACAGAACUUGGAUCUCAAGGCUCAGCUGGAUUUCCAAAUGGCACACUUUCAAUCGCUCUUUGAAGCACACGAAAAGGAAAUUGCCGAUUUGAAAGCUCGCCAAUAUCAAAACAACUCGAUUGCCGCGCAGACACCACCACCAGAUGUUCGUCAGGAACUGCGUUCAUUCCCGAUGGUUAAACAUUCACGAGAAAAUCCCGAGCUGAGGAAUGUGCCGGUGUUGAUUUUCUCAAGAUGCAUGCUCUGCGAGACUGAUGAGCACACAAUUCAUUCGUGUCCGAUUUACAACACAAAUUCGAAAAGAUACGAAGGCUUCAAGGAUAAAGGACUCUGCAGAUCUUGCGCACUUCCAGCGAACUCCGAUGGAUCUGCAACUUGUGGAAGAAAUUGCAUGUUUUCGCGUCGCAGAUGCACAAACUGCUGGGAUAAGGGAGGUGACAAAAGCUAUGUCUAUCACUUGGAGUUCACAUGUCGAUGGGACGAAAGACGAUCGCAGAGGACAUCGCCGUUUUCAACUGAUCACUCGGAUCGUUCUUCCAAACACCCACGUAUCUCAUUUGAUGAAUGUGAAAACCAUCAUUAUUGAGAUGAGACUCACAUUCCCACAAUCCGUCAACUCAAUUCACCUUUCCCGUUUCUUUUUCCUUUUAUUGAUAGGAUUUUUUGUAUAACUUGAAGUGUGAAUGCACCCCCCAACCUCCUCAUCGGCUGCCCAAUUGCCACCACAUUAUUAUAUUUUCUCAUACCUUGCUCAUUUACCGUCACUGUUCAAUUGUUCAUUAAUAAAGCUGCUAGAUUUC